UGCUUUGCUUGCCCAGUGAGAAAUGGGUUAGUGCCAGCUGAAAUUGUUUCCGCGCCUCUCCUGCAGCUCUGUGGAAGUGAAACCCCAAAUCCUGACCUUCACCAUCAGUGGGAAGGGGCAGGAACUGCCGGUGACAGUCGUGCGCCCAAGUGCUCGCAGCAAGAGGGAAAUAGCCGUGCUGCGCUUCAAAAGGCUCCAGCUGGAGGAUACAGAGAUGCUCCCCCUGGUCAUCCGUAACAACGGCAUCAAACCUGUCAAGUUUAUGUUACACCUGGAGGAUGAGCACGGAGUGUUCUUGUUGAAAGGCAGGGCCUCCACAUUCAAGACAUUCCAAACUGGAAAUGUGGAAGGGGACUCCGUCAGAAACGAGAGCAAGCCCGCAAAGCAGCCUUUCUUUCUUCUGCGUCAUGGGCAAUCGGCAGAGUUUGAUGUCAUUUUCAAACCCACCCUGGCUCAACGUCUGGAAGGGAAGAUUUGUCUGUUAGUGGGGGACUCCUGCCUGACCCUAACUGAGCUGGUGGGUGAAGGCCACAUGGAUGAAUUCACCCUUGAUGGGUUAAAGGAAGACCCCCAGGAGAGGAAUGCCAAGAGCAGUCUAAAGAAAGACAUCAUUGAUGCUGUCAGAGCAAAUCACAUCCAGUUUGGGCACUGUCCUGUCGGGAAGCGCUGCCGCAGGACCUUCACCAUCACCAACCACACCCGUACGCAGUUCAUGCGCUUUGUGUGGGACGCAGAUGCCAUAUUCCAGUUCUCCCCCAAGGUGGGACACCUCCAUCCUGGCUGUGCCAAGGGCAUCACAGUGACCUUGAAAGCAGAUGUCCCAGGCACCUUCAGGAGGCGCCUUGUGAAAUGUAAGGUGACCAAGAUCAACUUCAAGCGGCCACGAAGGAAGGUUCCAGACUGGGAUGACCAAAUGUGCAUUGUGACGUGGAAGGAUAUCCCCAGGAAAGACCUGGCAGCCAGAUGGUUUAAAAAAGAGAGGGUGGUCGAGACAGUCCCGGAACCAGCUCACACUGUGCUGGAGAAGAGCAGCCAGGAGGCUGAGGUGUACCUCAGUGCCAUUGUUUUCUACACCCAGUUCAAACUGAGCACAACCGUGGUUCAGUUCAAGGAUACCUCCCCCUUGCAGACAAGGAUAGCCACUUUCAGGCUAUCCAACACAGGGAAGGUAGCCCUGGAAUACUCCUGGGAGGAAGCUGAAGACAGUGAAGCAGUGAAGAAGCAAUACUCAUCUGCUCUGAUGCAUAAGGGCAUUUCACUUGAGGUCUUCCCAGAUGCCAUCUGUGACUGGUCAGUGUUCUCCAUCAAGCCCUACUGUGGCACCAUCUACCCUGGCCAGAAGCAGGCCUUUUACAUGUGGUUCUCCCCAAAGUGUGAGGGGACGUUUGAGACCACCCUGCAGUGCAGGAUUCCUAACCCGAAGCCAAAUCAAAAAACGGGGCAGGUAAUUGUGAAAGCCCAGGAACAGAAGAGUCUUGGUAAACCAUUAGAGCAGAGAGAGAAAGGCCAGAGAGCCAAGAAGCAGAAACCAGCACCUAAGGGGCAGAAUUUGUGUCAGCUGAAGUCUCCUGAAGGAACCAGCAACAUCGUGCCUUCUGCUGCUGCUGGUCUCCCACCCUUCACCAGAGACCUCUGCAGCCCUCACCUCCCGGCCCACGCCAAGAGUGGCUGCACCCUCUCCGCCCCUCGAGCCGGUCUGGGUGGCAGCAGAGCAGGGCUGCCCAACUCCUAG